AUGCCACAUUUCCCCAAAGAUUCAGGGGUUAUGACUAAAAAUGCAUCUGCCCAACAAGCUGUUACAGUCAAAAACCGUCGCAAGCGGUAUCUGGACUUAACCCCAGAAUACUUCUCGGCGGAGCUUGAGCUAGCCGACCCGUUAUUAUACGAUCGCUUGAUCCGUCGAUUCCAAACACCAGAAGAAAGAGAGGCCGCGGGGCGUGCAAAGGGAUUCUCGGGCGUCCUGGAGACUGACCUCAUGCGCUCCGAGGCCAAAAUGGAGGCUAUAGCGAACCCAGAUCCCAACUCUAUGAUGAGCUACACUCGCGGUCCAGAUGGGGAGAUUCUCGCUGAGGAUCUUGAUGAAAUCCCUCCAAACAAGGAGGAAGGCGAGCGACUUUGGAAAUGGGAGAUGGGAUUGCGAUUCAUACGGGGCAAUGACCCUGACUUCGAUUACAAGGCUGUUGAUGAGAAUGAGAAAUACGAUGAUGAAUCAGAUAAACAAGACCAGUAUUUCGAGGAUCAGGAGCCUGAGUGGGUGGUUGAUAAUGGGAGUGAUACUCGUGCGAAUCUCCAGGGCGAAACGGGCAUUCAGGAUUUCUAA